UUUCACAACGGUAUGUGUCGUCACCAAAACACUUCAAGUAAAGAGUGGAAACGGUGCAAAUAGUAACGAAAACCACUGACAGCAACAGCCUGGACACUUCAUUUUCUACCGAUAUUCCUGGGAACGUUACAGAUAUCAACACAACGUUUCGCCGAGGACUCUAGUCUUGUCUUUUGUAUAGAUUAGCGAAAACUUAAUCGUACUGUAACGUUGUUUCCCCCCUGUUGGACUGUAGCUGCUAGCUAGCCUAGCUGGCUAAUUCCCUGUAUCCGUUCUGGUCGGGACUGCAUCGAAAUGUCCUGCUGCCUGUUCGAGUACUGUCGGGUCCAAGAACUCAAAGCAGUCCGGGAGUUCUUGUUCCAGAGCCAGCAAAACAACAAUUCCUCGGCGGACAAGAAAGGAGAGAAUGAGCUGGCCUGGGACGACUCCAACUGGGGGUCAUGGGAUAAGCCUGAGGCCAAAGAAGUUGGAAGUGGGGAAACCACGGGGGUGGAGGAGGACACUGCAGCAGUCAGCGCCCCCUGGCUGCAGGACUGUGUGGUGUCUCUGUCUCCCUGCUCAGACCUGAUGGUCGUCGCCAAAGGCAGCAAGGCUGUGUUUCUUUCAGCGAGGUGGCAAACAGAUGACGGAGGCAGAGAGGGGAUGACGCUGGCUGUGUCCUGGAGUGGAACUCUCAGCACCAACGAGGGGGAGAGUGUGAGCAACGUCAUCUGUAUACCUUUGGCCAGCCAGAAGAGGAGUUCCACGGGUCGACCAGACUGGACAUGUAUUGUCGUGGGCUUCUCAUCUGGCUAUGUACGCUUCUACACCGAGAGUGGGGUCCUACUCCUAGCCCAGCUGUUGAAUGAGGAUCCUGUCCUGAGGCUCAAGUGUCGCACUUAUGAGAUCCCCCGCCACCCCGGUGUCACCGAGCAGCAUGAGGAGCUGAGUAUCCUUUACCCAGCAGCCCUGGUCACCAUCGACGGCUUCAGUCUCUUCCAGUCUCUACGGGCCUGCAGAAACCAGGUGGCUCGAGCGGCGGCAGCAGGCAGUGAGGUGGUCCAGCCUCCUCCUCUGGCCUAUAAGAAGUGGGGUCUACAGGACAUGGAUGCUAUCGUAGACCACAGCAGCGUGGGUAUAAUGACCCUGUGUGUGUUUGACCAGAUGAGGAAUGCGUCUAUCCUGGGGGGUUUCCAUGCCUCUGUGAAGGGCAGCCUCCCCGCCAUGAGUCAGUACAUAACUGUGGGGGGAGGACCCUACACAGGCUUUUACUAUGCCAUAGAGGGCAGCUCUCAGCCUCUCCUCUCCCACGUUGCUCUGGCUGUGGCCAGCAAACUCACAUCGGCCUUAUUCACCGCCGCCAGUGGGUGGCUGGGGUGGAAGAAACAGAAUGAGGAGGAGCCAAUUCAGAAACAGAAGCCUAAGGUGGAACCGGCCACGCCCCUGGCAGUCAGGUUUGGUCUCCCAGACUCACGACGUCAUGGGGAGUCCAUCUGUCUGUCCCCCUGUAACACUCUGGCUGGGGUCACGGACGACUUUGGCAGGGUCAUGCUGCUCGACGUGGGGAGAGGCAUCGCCAUCCGCAUGUGGAAGGGCUACCGGGACGCCCAGCUGGGUUGGGUCCAGGUGUCUGAGGGGAGGGGCGAGUCCUCCCCGUCCGCGCCCCUCCCACGGCGCCAUGCUCAGUUUCUGGUCAUCUACGCCCCCAGAAGAGGCAUCCUGGAGGUGUGGGGCACACAGCAGGGCCCCCGAGUAGGAGCCUUCACUGUCGGGAAACACUGCAGGUUGCUGUAUGCAGGCUACCGGCUGAUGGGGGUGAACAGUGUGACCAGUCAAGGCUGGCAGCUCCACACACAGCAGGUGUGUCUGUUCGACCCUGCUACUGGAGCACUACGCACUGUCACUGUCCCGUUCCAUCUGGCCCUCAGUGAUAAGAAGAGUGAGAGAGCAAAGGAUCUGCACCUGCUGAAGAGACUGACCACACUACUGAAGAGCAGAGAGUUGGAACCAGAUUACCUGGAGAGCGAGGCCCAGCGUGUACUGCUGGACAUCAAACACCCUGCCAUUAAGAAACAGGCCCUGGAGUGUCUGCUAGCCAAUAAAAAUGCUCCAGUCUCCUGUCUGACCAACAUCACCCGACUCUUACUGGCCAGUCUCAGGGGGAAAGACCCUGAGGCGGUAGAUGAAGCAUUGCUCCAGUUGUGUUCCUCCCAGCUGAAACUGCUCCAGCUCUACACUGACAUCCAACAGCUGCACUCUACUGUGGAGGCUAGCACAGAUGCACACACUAAACCUACGGAGCUUGCCGGUGUAGAGGAGGAGCUAGCCCGUGUCUCCCUCAUCCUGCAGCGCUACACCGAGCUCACCUCCGGCUCCCGCCCCUCCGUCUCAUUUGCCCAGGACUCCCCUGACGCAUCACUUCCUGUACGCGGCUUCCUGUCCCAGAUGGAGUGUGAAGGAGAGGAGCUCAGGGUGGUCCCAGGGCCUGACGCAGACUGGACACAACUGGGGAGCUUUCUGUUCUGGGGCUGUCUGAUAGGAGAGAGCCCUCUACAGAAAGUCUGUGACACACUACAGGAGACAGGCAUCAGCCCACAGCAUUUACUGUCUCUGCUGCUGAGUGUAUGGCUGCACAGAGAGAAGGAAGUAUUGAAGAAACCAAAGGCCGUCAGACACCUACACACACUCCUCACUGCCCUCAGCUCCAUGAAAGGUGCGGUGGAGUCGUCGUGGGACAUGCAGUGUGUCUCCCCCUGGUGGCAGCAGGUGCGGUCUGCGUGUGUCCAGUCACACAGUGCUGCUGCUGCCCUGCUGGCUGCAAUAGUGGCUCACCGCGCUGCCAAGGAUAACAUCACCAGCCUGGCCGAGACUAAGUUUCAGUCAGAGUGGGAGGCGGUGUCGUUGGAGCUGGAGCAGUGGGCGGUGUGUGUGAGACAGCUGGAGGACGUGCUGGCCCUGCAGACGCUGCUGUGUGUGGCGCCUCUUAAAGGAACACCAGGGGGCGCCACACCACACUGCUCAGUCAAAGCCCUGCUGGAGGGGGGCCGAGGUGGUAUAGCAGACAGUGUGGCUAAGUGGGUGUUCAGGCAGGACUUGGCCCCUGAGCGGCUAAAGGACAUGCUGCAGAGGGGGGAGGCCCAGAGGACAGAACAGCCCUCCCAGCCAGUGCUGCGGGAGAAAAGCCAGGAGGAUGCAGACUUCAAUAGGGCAGCAGAGCUGCUGGUGUCUGUGUGUCAGCGUUUCCCAGACUCCCUCUCUCCUGACCUGCUCUUUGCCCACUGCUGCUGGGAGUAUGUGGUGCAGUGGAACAAAUACCCAGAGGAGGGGCGGUAUCUGUGUUGUGCAGUGGAACACCUGAAGCUCGUCUCUAGUCCUCACAUCCAGCUGGGCAUCUCCUCAAUGAUGUGGAACACGUUCAUCGUUAAACGUUUCUCAGCUGCUGCUUUCCUUAUGGAGAAGGUGGGGAAGGCCCCUAAAGACCGCCUGUGUCGACGGGAUGUGGGAAUGGGAGACGGUGCCACGACAUCAUUCCUGGGCUCCUGUGUUGCGCUGCUACAGAUUCUGAUGGAGGCAGACUCGGGGAUAGAAGAGGACCCUCCAGAGCUGUGUGUGGAGGAGGUGUGGGGGGUAGCGGAGGGUCCUGCCUCCAUAGUAGAGUUAGCCCUGGAGCAGAGAGGAAUCCACUACCCCCUUGUACAACACCACUGUCUCCUGGCCACUCUACUACACACUGCUAUGACCUUCAACCUCCGGGUCAAACCACUCAGUCUGUUCGACAGCAAGGGUAAGAGUGCCUUCUUCAGAGAGUUGGUGUCCAUCCAGCUGAUGCCCAGCGGAGAUAUGGACCCUGGACUGGUCUCUCUUAGACAGGAGUUCCUUCUCAGGGUGUUGACAGGCUGGGUGAAGACCCAGAGUGAGGCAGGGAUGGCUCCUGCAUCCACCCGGCUGGACCUUGACUCAGGGGACGAGACGUGGCCCUCUCUGUGUCUGGACCUGGGGACCCUGCUGCAAGUCAACCCAGACGUCCUGCGCAGACACCUGGUGUGUGAGCUGUACAACCAUGGCCUGGACCCCCGGGCAGAGCAGGUGAUGUUGGAGGUGGAGGAUAAGGACGUGUUGGGUUCUCAGCUGUUGGUUCUAACAGGCCAGAGGCUGAGCUACUCCCUGCUUCACACCCAGACCCAGACCAAGCCCGCCAUGGAGCUGCUGGCACGCCUCCCCCCCACACUCUGCACCUGGCUCAAGGCUAUGGAUCCCAGUGAGCUGGGGUGCCUGUCGGUGCCCUUGAGCCAGACCAGCAGGCUGGUGAGCCGCCUCAUAGAGAUCCUACCUGAGAACCACGGCCAGUACAGCCUGGCACUACACCUACUGGAGGCUGUGGAGGUCCUGCAGGGAGAGGACUGAGUGAGAGGGGGGGAGGAGAGCAAGAGGCUCAGGAAGAGAGAUGGCCUGUGUGCAAUUCCGUUCCUGCUGUCAUUGCUAGCAUCCAGGAUAGGAGUGAGAGAGUAAACUGUUGAAGUAGGAAAUAUAUAGGAUUAUACAACUAUCAUGUACAGGAAGGAGAUGUCAGGGAAAUGGCCACCCUGUUUGAGAGGAGGCUCAUGUGUUCAGUUGAAAAAAUGUAAUUGUAAAUGAAAGAUGGAGGGAUAAUUGUUUUGUUUGAAGUCUGCAUUUCUGAAGGGGAUAUGCUAUAUGAGCAUGGUGUUAUAUAUCCAUUUGUUUUUGUCACUUCCUACUUAUUUUUUAAAACUCUGUCUGUCAGCUAUACCUAGCAGCCCCUGUACUGCCCAUUCUAACAGACUUAACAAUCCAAUCAAAGGGGGUUGCAGGGUGUGUUUGUGUGCCAUAUCAUUGUUUAGUAAGCAUCCCUUUCUCUUCACCUGUCCCUCAGAUGAGUAAUGAUGAUGUAUGAUAGACAGAAUGGAUGAUCUGGUUAUUUAUACACGCUGCAGUACUGUACUAGCUGUGCCUGUACCCUCUGUACUGUUCUACACCCUGGCUGAGGAACCCCACUGGGGGCAGACAGAACAGACUAAAUGCUCAGCAUGGUCUAGCUUUGGUCUCUUUCUCUCUGGGUCUGGGGUAAGAGCAGUCAACGCUGGUCAUGGUGGUACUUUCCAUUCCGUAUUCUCUCCGGACCAUUCAGGUAGGCAGACCUUUAUAACGUUUUGUACAGUAGCUCACUGACCUCAUCCAGAGGGUGAUGGGAAUCACUGACUAUUUGAUUACUGUAAGGUAGCGCAAUUCCCAACAUACCAUAUCUGGCUUCCAUGUGUAUUAUGUUGGUCAAUAUUCAAACUAAAGUAAAUAAUUCUUCAUUUAA